AGCGCGCCCGCCGGAACAAGCUGUAGGCCGGCUGCGACAGCGCGCAGCAGAAGGGGUGGGUGGGCGUUGCAGUGGCUCGGUGCAGAGGCCCUCAGCGGAUGGGAUCCACACAGUACUAUAAGGUUGAUAUUAGCAACAUGGUUUUCACCCCACUUCAUCAACAUACAUAAGUUUCAUUUUCUCUUUGGACCUCUUGUAUGCCACAAUGCAACAAGCAUUAGAACUAGCUUUGGAUCGUGCAGAGUAUGUCAUUGAAAGUGCCCGGCAGAAACCUCCUAAAAGGAAAUACUUAUCUAGUGGAAGAAAAUCUGUAUUUCAAAAACUUUAUGACUUGUAUAUUGAAGAAUGUGAAAAAGAACCUGAAGUUAAGCAGAAAUUAAGAAGAAAUGUGAACUUGUUAGAGAAGCUCGUUAUGCAAGAGACUUUGUCAUGUCUAGUGGUCAAUUUAUACCCAGGAAAUGAGGGAUAUUCUUUGAUGCUCAGGGGAAAAAAUGGAUCAGAUUCUGAGACCAUUCGAUUGCCUUAUGAAGAAGGAGAAUUACUUGAAUACUUGGAUGCAGAAGAAUUACCUCCUAUUUUGGUUGAUCUUCUAGAAAAAUCUCAGGUUAAUAUUUUUCAUUGUGGAUGUGUCAUAGCAGAAAUACGUGACUACAGACAGUCUAGUAAUAUGAAAUCUCCUGGUUAUCAAAGUAGGCACAUUCUCUUACGUCCAACAAUGCAGACUUUAAUCUGUGAUGUACAUUCAAUAACAAGUGAUAACCACAAAUGGACCCAGGAAGACAAACUUUUGCUUGAGAGCCAACUGAUCCUAGCGACAGCUGAACCCCUGUGUCUUGAUCCUUCUAUAGCAGUAACUUGCACUGCAAACAGACUGCUCUAUAACAAGCAAAAGAUGAACACUCGCCCAAUGAAACGAUGUUUCAAGAGGUAUUCCAGGUCCUCUCUGAAUCGGCAGCAGGAUCUGUCUCAUUGUCCACCUCCUCCUCAGCUGAAAUUACUUGAUUUUUUACAAAAAAGGAAGGAAAGAAAAGCAGGUCAGCAUUAUGACCUCAAAAUUUCUAAAGCAGGAAAUUGUGUAGAUAUGUGGAAACGGAGUCCCUGUAAUUUGGCUGUACCUUCCGAAGUAGAUGUGGAAAAAUAUGCUAAAGUGGAGAAGUCUAUCAAGUCUGAUGACUCACAGCCUACAGUCUGGCCAGCCCAUGAUAUAAAAGAUGAUUAUGUAUUUGAAUGUGAAGCUGGUAAUCAGUAUCAGAAAACAAAACUGACCAUCUUGCAGUCUCUUGGUGACCCACUUUACUAUGGUAAAAUACAGCCAUGUAAAGCAGAUGAAGAAAGUGAUAGCCAGAUGUCUCCAUCCCACUCCUCCACAGAUGAUCAUUCAAAUUGGUUCAUUAUUGGAUCAAAGACUGAUGCUGAGAGGGUAGUCAAUCAGUACCAGGAAUUGGUCCAGAAUGAAGCCAAAUGUCCCGUCAAGAUGUCACACAGCUCAAGUGGCUCAGCCAGUCUGAGUCAGCUUUCUCCUGGGAAAGAAACAGAACCUGAGACUGUGUCAGUUCAGUCUUCAGUACUGGGGAAGGGAGUAAAACAUCGACCUCCACCCAUCAAACUUCCCUCUGGUUCAGGAAAUAGUUCCUCAGGUAACUAUUUUACACCACAACAGGCAAGCAGCUUUCUUAAAUCUCCAACUCCUCCUCCUCCUUCUAAGCCACCAAAUCUUUCGCGGAAGUCAUCUGUGGAUCUCAGUCAAGUUAGCAUGCUUUCUCCAGCUGCCCUGUCACCUGCCAGCUCAUCACAAAGAUCUGGAACUCCUAAGCCAUCUACUCCUACACCAACCCCUUCAUCGACCCCACACCCUCCUGAUGCUCUCAGCUCAACUCCUAGUACCCCUUCAGCCACCCUUUCUCCCCAAGAUUCAGGCUUCACCCCUCAGCCCACUUUGUUAACUCAGUUUGCUCAGCAGCAAAGGUCUCUGAGCCAGGCAAUGCCUGUAACGACCAUUCCUCUUUCUACCAUGGUAACAUCUAUAACUACAGGAACCACGGCCACCCAGGUCAUGGCAAACUCUGCUGGACUUAACUUCAUCAAUGUAGUGGGCUCUGUUUGUGGGGCCCAGGCUUUGAUGAGUGGUUCAAACCCAAUGCUGGGCUGUAACACUGGUGCCAUAACUCCUGCAGGAAUAAACCUGAGCGGCCUUCUACCCUCAGGAGGUCUGCUACCAAAUGCAUUGCCUACUGCAAUGCAGGCAGCUUCUCAAGCAGGUGUUCCAUUUGGUUUGAAAAAUACUUUGAAAUACAGAGCUCUAUUAAUACUCCAAUUUCCAGGAGGUUCACUCAUUUUUAACACUCUGCAGCAGCAACAACAGCAACUGUCUCAGUUUACACCACCACAGCCUCAGCAGCCCACAACUUCCAGUCCUCAACAGCCUGGGGAACAGGGUUCAGAACAAGGUUUAACCAGUCAAGAACAGGCCUUAUCUGCUCAGCAAGCUGCUGUUAUUAACCUUACUGGAGUAGGAAGUUUUAUGCAGUCACAAGCAGCUGUGUUGUCUCAGCUUGGCUCUGCCGAGAACAGACCUGAGCAAAGCCUUCCUCAGCAGAGAUUCCAGCUCUCCUCUGCCUUUCAACAGCAGCAGCAACAGAUCCAACAGUUGCGAUUCUUGCAGCAUCAAAUGGCUAUGGCGGCAGCAGCAGCACAGACAGCUCAGCUACAUCGUCAUCAUCGGCAUACAGGCAGCCAGUCAAAAAGUAAAAUGAAGAGAGGCACACCAACCACUCCAAAAUUCUGAGUCUUGCAUUACUUUUUUUCUUCUAAAAACACAAGAGCAUUGAAUCAAAAGGAUUGAGUUUCUAUUUCCAUGUUUUUGUUCUUUUUUAAUGUGUCAGUGUUUUACAUUACUAGGUGUACAAACUUUAUACAGAAGCACAACCCUAUAAUUUUUAAAUAAAACAGGGAAAUGGUUUAAUGUAC